CAAGGCAACGCCAUGAACUCCGCAAGAUAAAGCGUUACCCUGCUGCAACUCAUUGUUAAAUGUUUAUAGUAUAGAACUAGAAGACAGAUAUCAUGGCAAAACAAAGGAGAUCUCAUCAGGAAAACUCUUCAUCUCAAUCUGGGCUUAGCAAAUCACAAACUAUCAACAAAUUACAACGUAAGAAACAGACUGAUAAGAAAUUGUGGAUUAACAAAUUCCCUUACAUCUUAUUCUUUAGUAUCCUUGUGGCACUGUGUGCUGUGGGAUUUAUAUAUUAUCAACGUUACAUUGAAAACCGUGUCAGGAUGCCACUAACUGCUCCAAAGGUUAUUACCAAAAAUGGCCUUGAAAUUCCUGAAAGAUACUGGGGAAGCUAUAGACCUGGUGUCUACUUUGGACUAAAGACACGUAGUCCACAUUCAUUAGUCACUGGACUCAUGUGGUUCUCCCAAAACAUAAAAGAUAACCUUAAGCUUCGACAUUGGUGCAAUCAGUGGGAUGGGUUGAAGAAAUAUGGAUGGCUUCAGCAUGAUGGCCUCAAUUUUGGUGAGCAGGAUAUUGUAGAGGAUGAAUACAUAAUAACUACAACUUUUGUGAAGCGUUCAGUAGGUGAAUUUGGAGGUGACUGGACAGCAAGAAUUACAGUAAAACCACAACCCUCUAACAGUACAGUUCAGUUUCCUAUUUCCCUUCUUUUCUAUACGGCCUUGGAUGGUGAGGGUGUCAUAAUACCAUCACUGCUUUCUGGUAACCAGCUAUCAGCAAUACAAGGAGAAACCUCUGACCUUGGAAAGUUUAAGAUCAGCUUUGAGUCUACAUCAUCGUUAACCAAGUACCAUUUUUUAACAGCAACAGCUCCUCCAGGGCUUCAUGAACUGAAGGAAACAGUAAUGCAACAUUUUGCAUUGUUCAAAUCUGACAAAAAGAGUGAACCCCCUACCAUAGGCCUCAUUGGACAUUCUCAGAAACAGACAGGAAUGGGAGCAGAAACAAAAAUAAAUUUCAUUGUGCACCAAAUUACAGCAUUACCACCUUAUGAAUUAGAGGUACUGUUUCAAUCGGCCAGCAUGCCUAACCAAUUUAAUAGCCUAAAAGGCAACAUAUACACUACAGAACAUAAAAAACAUAAAGAUAAUUUUGAAGCAAAAUUUGAAAGAGUAUUUCAGUUGAGUGCUAAAAAAUUUCUAAAAGAAGAAAUUCAAAUUGCCCAAGCUGUUAUGAGUAAUAUGAUUGGUAGCCUUGGCUACUUCUAUGGUGCAUCAAUGGUGCAGUCACAACACAAUAAAGAACCAAUACAGUAUUGGGAGGCACCCCUAUUUACUGCUGUACCAUCCAGGUCUUUCUUUCCACGUGGAUUUCUUUGGGAUGAAGGCUUUCACAAUUUGUUGAUAAGCAGAUGGGAUGCUAAGAUUUCUAAGGAAAUUUUAGGACAUUGGUUAGACCUUAUGAAUGUUGAAGGCUGGAUUCCACGUGAGCAGAUCCUAGGUCUUGAGGCCCAGUCCAGGGUGCCAGCUGAAUUCAUUGUCCAAAAGAAUACAAAUGGAAACCCUCCAACUCUGUUGUUGGCUUUAGAAUCCAUUGUUCGAAGAAUGGAACUUGGUGAAGUAGAGGAGGACCUAGAAUUCUUGAGAAGAGUCUAUCCUCGUUUGCAAGCUUAUUUUGAUUGGUUCAACAUUACUCAAGAAGGCAAACUUCCAGGUAGCUACAGGUGGCGUGGAAGAGAUGCUUUGACAGAAAAAGAGCUUAAUCCCAAAACAUUAACAUCAGGAUUAGAUGAUUAUCCUAGAGCUUCUCAUCCAUCUCAUGAUGAAAGACACAUUGAUCUUCGAUGUUGGAUGGCACUAGCAGCUAAAGUCUUGGCAUUUCUUGGAGAAAAACUAGGAAAGCCAUGGCAUGCUUUUGCAGCUACUCAUAAAUACCUUACUGAUAAUGAGCUGUUAGACACUCUUCAUUGGUCUCCAUUAUCUCAGACUUACAGUGAUUUUGGACUACACACAGACAAAGUGAAAUUGGUAAAGCCAAAGAUUCCUCCUCCAGCUCCUGGACAAUCUACACCAAAAGUAGAUAAAGUUCGAGCUGUUCUAGAAGAACCUACUCUCAGAUUUAUUGACCACUUUGGCUAUGUUAGUUUAUUCCCUUUCUUUCUGCAAAUCAUCAGACCAGAAAACCCUAAAUUGGGCAAAAUCCUAACUGACUUAAGAGAUCCUAAUUUACUUUGGACUAACUAUGGUUUAAGGUCAUUAGCAAAGUCUUCAUUAUUUUAUAUGAAAUACAACACAGAACAUGAUCCUCCAUAUUGGAGGGGUUCCAUAUGGAUCAACAUGAACUAUUUAGCAGUCAGAGCCUUGAAUUAUUAUAGUAAACUUCCUGGCCCUUACCAAGAUCAAGCCCAAGAACUCUAUGGUGAACUUAGAAAAAAUUUAAUCAACAACAUCCUGAAAGAAUUUCGUAGGACAGGAUACCUAUGGGAAAACUACAAUGACAAAACAGGUCAUGGUCAAGGAUGUCAUCCAUUCACUGGCUGGUCAGCCUUGGUGGUGCUGCUAAUGGCAGAACUGUAUUAAAUUUCUUAAAGUAAAAUAAGAAAGUAUAUAGCUAAUAAUACUCCUGCUGACCUGUAAAAUAUACAUGGGUUAAAAAAAAAAUUCUUUGAAAAUUUAUAUUCACUACAUUGUUUCUUCUUGAACUUUUUUUUUUUUUACUAAACAUACAUGUAUUCUCUGAAAUGAAAGUACCUCAAAAUUCUGAGAAGUUCAUAAGAAAUACCUAGCUUAUAAGUUUAAUUCUAUAUUUUCAUCAUGCUUGUGUAUAUUGCAUAUUCAACCAUAUGGGUCACUUCAGAAAAUUGUAUUUUGUAAUGGGCUAAAAUAUUUUAUAUUGAAACUAUCUGCACUAUUAUUUAUGUACCAUAACUAGAAUUUAACUUCUAACAUUUACAGUACAACAGUAUGAAAGACAUUUAGGGCAUUUUUUCUUUCAACUUAAGGUACUUGUAACAUUAUGACUUAUUUUCUGUAAAUAUGUAUACACUUUCACACAAAAUAUGGUAACACUAGUGGUAAGUGGCAACUUACAAACUGCAAUUCCAGUAAUAAGUUACUGUGUUAUAGCAUGGUUUGGUAAUAUCUGAAAUGAUUAUCUUGAACAUGUUUGGAAUCAACUUUCAAAUUAUGAAUAACAAAAAAAAGUGAAAAUGUGCAGUAUAAACAUAUGCAGUGGAAACUAAAGUUUAGCUGUUCGGUUUCUUCAUAACUUCCAUGAAAAUAAAAUCAAAUCAUUUUAUAUCAUAUUACCAGUUGUUUGAUUAUCGUUUUGUCAAUGUCUUUGUAUCAGAAACACAACCAUAGAAUGCUUAGUUUUGGAAUGACUCAAGGUACAAAAAUCCUAGAAAUUAAUAUCCACUGUUAUUUUAAUUUGCUUGUUUAUUGUGUUGUCUUUCGUAAUUCUUAUUAGACAUAAUUUUUUACUA